AUGAGGAACAAAAGUAAUGGCACAGGCACAGUCCCUUCCCUCACCCCUCUUCCUCCAGCCUCCAAAGGACUUACUGUUCGCGUUAGGUAUCAUUGGGCUUUUUUGAUCGGACCCAAGAAAGAAAAGUCCGCUCGGGAGGUUCCAGGCGUCCGCUGUCACGUCAAGAACGUCCCGAAACCCACUCCUCAUGGGCGCGCCGUCGUGUGGACGUACGAAGAGUUGAAGUUAUGCAAUGUUCGAACCACAAGCAACCUCCUGAUCCGCGUGGUCAUUGGGAAAGUCGUCGACAUGGAACGCCUUCUCGACACGAUUCGAAAUGUCCCUCUGGUGCAGAAUGAUCGGAUGUGGAGAUGCUGCACCUGGUGCGCUGACGUCCUCGCGGCUCUUGAGAGGGAUGGCCAGGCCCUAGGAACUGCAGUGCUCGAUUGGAAGCGAAUUCAAAAGGUAGCAAGACAUUACGCAGGAGAAAAAACAGCUCAGGGUCGCUUUGAUGCUGGACAUUCGAUGGACAAGCCGAAGCCGACCUGGGACAUGUUGAAGGACAAAGAAACGGUCGCUUAG